UAGUAUUUUAAUGUCUCUAAAGCUUGUAAUUCUUUAUAAAUAAAUAAUCCGCUGUAUAUUUCCACUUAAUGUCAAUGUGUAGGAAAAUGUCUUGCGAAAUUUCGGGUCAACAACCAAACAUUCCCAUGCCCCCGAGACCAUCCUCCAAUCAGUCUGACAACAGUGGACAAGUGCAAAUGCCCCAACCUCCCAUGACAGCACAAGGUUAUAAUCAGCAGAUGGCUCCUCCAGCUAUGUAUGGUAAUAAAAUGCAUCAAAGCAUGAUGGGUAGUAGUUCGUCUCACAUGGCACCUUACUCACCUCAACCUUCAGCACAUUAUCCACAAGGUGGUUUUCAUCGUCCUCCAAGCUCUAUGUCAAUGCAUAGUUAUGGAAAUCAAGCUCAGAACAAUUAUCCUGGUCCUUCAUAUCCUGCACAAUCUCCGAUACCCCCUCAUCGAAUGCCAACUCAUCCUAGUUCUGCUCCUUCAAAUUAUGGUAGUCCAUCUGGCACAGGUGGCUAUAAUAAUUCUCAGUACUCUAGUACUGGACCACCUUCUACUGGUUAUAAUAUGAACAACAUGAUGCCACCACCUAAUCAAUAUCCUAAAGCAGCUAGCAUGCCACCACCUACUGGAGGAGCACAAGCAGCUGCUCAGGCUGCUGUUAUUGCUGCUGCUGCUAGUUCUGGCAGUAUGCGCCAAUCACCUAUGUACCUGCGGCAACAUUUACAACAGAAAAUAUACAAUAAUUAUAAUUCGGCAAUCAGUCCUGUACCACCUGGUACUCCAGGAUCUAACGGCGGGCAGGACACUCCAAUGCCACCUCCAGCAAGUACACCUUCUUCACAGCCAUUAAACAUGAAUCAAGGAUCUCUGCCUCCAUCUUCAGGAGCACUUGGAAAUGCUUCUAGUUGUGAUGGUCCAAUGCCAGCUUCAAUGGUACCUGCUGGUUUCACGCAAACAUCAGCUCCUUCUCUUGGUAUACCACCUACUACUGUGACUCAAAGUAUCAGCAGUCCUGUUCCUUCAGUAACAACAGUGUCUAGCCCAUCUGUACCUGACAUGAUGCAAUCUCAGCAAGUAAGGAGUUCACUUGGUGGCUCCCAAGGCCCUCCCCCGCCACCUGUCAUGGAUGAAGGUAGUCAAGCAUCUAAUGCCUCCGCUUCAUCUUCUCUGCCUGAAGAGAGAGUGGAAACUCCAAAACCUAAUAAUAAGCCUGCGAUGUCGCAUCCUCCGACACCAAAUACAUUGCCGUCACCUGGUGCAGCAUCUAUGUCAUCAUUUCAUGAUGAGUUUGAAAGUGUUUCUAGUCCUAGUUGGCCUAGAACACCAGCAAGCCCGGUUAUAAAUAAUCAAGCAUAUGAUCAUCACCCAAUAAAGCGUCCUGAUGGAAUGUUAAAGCUUUAUGAUAUGUCUGAUGAUCCUGAUAGAAGGUUAUUUUUGGAUAAAUUAAUCAUGUAUCAGGAAGAAAGGGGUACUCCUCUUUCUCAGUGCCCCACGAUUAGCAAGCAACCGCUUGAUUUGUAUCGUUUGUACCUGGCAACUAAAGAACGUGGUGGUUUUGUUGAGGUGAUGAAAGGUAAAAUGUGGAAAGAGAUUGCUGGGCUUAUUGGAAUUGGUGCUUCUUCAAGUGCGGCAUAUACUCUGAGGAAGCAGUACAUCAAGCAUCUCUUACCCUUUGAAUGUAAAUUUGAUAGGGGAGGCAUUGAUCCAGGUCCUAUAAUUAGCAGCCUUGAAUCAAAUUCGAGGAAAAAGAAUGCAAAAAAUGCAGGUGGCCCAAUGAUGGAUGGCUAUCCAUCACCUUAUCCAGGAGCCUAUCCACCUAAUACAGGCCCACACCCAGGAAUGAUGCCUGGUUCAGAAUAUCCUGGACCUGGACACCAUCCUUCGUAUCAAGAUUCUAUGCAUCACCCAGGAUCUAUGGUGAAUCACUCAGGUUCAGAAGGAGCAAUGGAUCCUUUUAGUGAUGAAAUGCAAAAUUCCCAAUAUUCACAGAGGCACAGCUCUAGUGAUAAUUAUGCUUACUCUCAGUCAAAUGCUAAUAGCAACAUCCCACCUUACUCUGGAAACCAGCCGAGCGUGCCUUCUACGUCGUUCGGUUACAGCAAUACUUCUGGACAGCAAGAACCUUAUAGUGAUCAGUAUUCUAACACCAUGGUGCCUCCAUCAUCAGAACCGAGUUACAGUAACCGAAGCAUGGUACCAGAUCCCUAUGCACCACCUCCUGGUGGUUAUCCUCCAAACCGGACUGUCGGUGGUUAUCCUGACCAAGAGAGGUAAGAUUUUUUUACUCCCAAGCAUAAAUCUGCAACUGUUUUCUACUUUUUUUUUUUUUUUUU